AUGUCAGGAGCCAUAAUAAGACUUUCCAAAUAUAAAGACGGAAUUUUAAAAAAUGAUGAACAAAAAAUUAAUUUGGUUUGUCUCGAUCAGACGUACGUAUGUUUUGAUGUGGAACAAUUGACAAAUGCAAAACAAGAAGUGAAAUUAAGACGUUGUAAAAAUAUACAGGAUGAUAUUGUAUGGCGUAUGCGAACAAACGUGCCUACCCGAUAUCUCAUUAAUCCAUCCCGAGGUUUCAUUCAGAACGAUGAACCUGUUACGCUAACAAUCGAAUUGGUAGGAAAUAAAUUUCAUCCCAAACAUAAAUUAACGCUUCAAGCGAUAGCAAUGAUCGAUGGAUGUAAUGAACGAACAAUUUGGAAACAUCAAAAAUUUAACUGCAAUAAAGUACAAGUAAUACGAUUAAAAUUGAGUACAGUUUUGAUGAAUAUCGAAAUGUCCAAAUAUGAGGAAGAAAAUCUUACAACGGAAGCAGAAAACAUAAAAAGUGCUAUUGAGCAGAGCUCAACAACUGGAUUAGCAGGUAUCAAAGAAUUGGAAAAAUUAUUGAAUGAUUUAAAAGAGGAUUUUAAUAAUGUGCGAAAAAAUACUGAACGAACGAAACGUUUAAAAGCAAUCUUAGAGCAAGCAUUAGAUUCACGCAAAUUAUCUUUGAUUGAAUUAAAGCGACAGCUAAUGGAAAGUGAAUUGGAAACGAAAAAAUUGAUGAAAGAACUGGAAGAUAAAGAAGCGGAACUACAAGUUGCGCAGCAAAUGCAAACAAAUAGCAUAGUGCAUCCAACAUGUCGAAUUUCAUAA